AUGUGUAACUGUAAAGCCAUUCUUAUUAUAUAUUCAAUGUACAGCGACGGUGCUGCUGCACUUGUGCUAGUCAGUGAAGCUAAGAACCUUGGCCUUCAUGUUCUUGCAAGAACCAGAGGGUAUGCUGAUGCUGCUCGGAAAAUACCCUACUGGAUUUGGAUGUGGACGCCAACUAACAAGUUUUCACUUUCCGACAUGGGCGCAGGGGUGAUCGACGUGGACUACUGUGGCCUGGUGGGCGUCGUGCUCUUCAACCACUCGGAGACGGACUUCAUCGUGAAGCCCGGCGACCGCGCCGCACAGAUGAUCGUCCAGGUCAUUACGACGCCGGAGGUCGCCGAGGUGGAGGACCUCGAUGCCACCGUCCGGCGGGAGGGAGUGCUGGGAUCCACCGAUGUAUGAACUC